AUGGCCUCCAUUGCACCCCAAACCUUCCUUUCUCUCUCCAAACCCAUCAAAGAUCCCAACCCCAAACCCUCUCUUCCCCACCUCAAAACCAUCAAACCCACUUACCAGUCCCAAAUUUUACUAAGAACCAAACGGAAAGACUUGGUGGUGGUCGGUUCAGUGGCCGAAGAACUCGAUGUAAUUCCAGUGCAGAGCAGUGACUGCACCGAUCAGCAAGACGGUGUGGUGAGUGGGAUAGAGAGAGAGGUUGAAGGAGGAGGGGGGAGAGUGAAUCAGGUGGUGGGUGGGUUUGGGAAUGAAGGUAUGUUAUCGUUUGAGGGCGCUGGGUUCUCUUCCUCUGCUAGUUCUUCUGUUGGUGGGAAUAGUGAAGAGGAAAGUAUGGAGAAGUGGAUUGAUAGAUCCAUCAACGCCACUAUUGUUCUUGCUGCGAGUACUUUUGCAAUCACGAAGUUGCUAACCAUAGACCAAGACUACUGGCAUGUUGUUAUAGAUGGAUAUUCAGCACCUUUGACAGCAGGGAACUUUGCAAAACUGGUGGUUGAUGGGGCAUAUAACGGGGUGAAGCUCAGCUGUACUGACCAAGCAAUUCUCUCAGACAGUGGGUUUGGAAAGAACAGUGGUUAUGGUGUUCCCUUAGAAAUAAUGCCAUCUGGACAGUUUGAACCGCUGUACAAAACAACUCUAAGUGUGCAGGAUGGAGAGCUGCCUGUGCUUCCAUUAUCAGUUUAUGGUGCAGUUGCUAUGGCACACAGUGAUGUGUCUGAGGAGUACUCAUCUCCAUAUCAGUUCUUCUUUUAUCUAUAUGAUAAGAGGAAUUCUGGCUUAGGAGGGUUGUCUUUCGAGGAGGGUCAAUUUUCUGUCUUUGGGUACACAACCGUUGGGAGAGAUAUCCUUCCUCAGAUAAAAACCGGGGAUGUCAUUCAAUCUGCAAAGCUAGUGGAAGGCCAAGAUCGCCUCAUAUUGCCGGAUGAGAAUUAA